AUGAUCACGGAGCGUUUACUUUACUUGCGAACACAUCAAAAACAACUGCGUGCUGAAAGUUACAUUCAUCUACGAGAUGCAAUAAAUAAUGAUCGUAACAUUGAACCCUCCAGUAUCGGACAGCCUGUAAUUUUACCAUCCUCAUCCACUGGCUCACCGCGAUAUAUGCAUGAAAAAACUCAAGAUGCAAUGGCUUACGUACGUGGGUUUGGGCGUCUAUGUUUAUUUAUCACUUACACAUGUAACCCUGAGUGGUCGGAAAUAAAAAAUGAAUUGCACAAAAAUCAAAAACCUUCAGACAGGCAUGACAUUGUUUCAAGGGUUUUUCACUUGAAAUUAAGAAAACUUAUAGAUGUCCUCACUAAGAAAGCAAUAUAUGGCGAAGUUGAUGCUUCGAUCUAUAGUGUCGAAUGGCAAAAACGAGGGCUACCUCAUGUGCACAUACUUUUAUGGCUUAAAACAAAAAUUCAGCUGGAUGAAAUAGACAAGAUCAUUUCAGCUGAAUUAUCAGAUCCUCAACAAGAUCCCUUGCUAUUUAGUAUCAUUUCGAAAAGUAUGAUUCAUGGACCUUGCGGCGAAUUCAACAUGGCUUUACCAUGUAUGGAUAAUGGAAAAUGUACAAAAAAGUUUCCUCGAAAUUUUGUUAAAGAAACCUUAACUGCAGAUGAUGGUUACCCAACCUAUCGUAGAAGAGCCCCUGCAGAUGGAGGUCAUAGUUCUGUACUUACAAUUCGUGGCAAAGAAGUACAGAUUGAUAACCAAUGGGUUGUACCGUACUCACCCGUCUUAUCAUGA